GGUUAGGCAACUUUCUUCAGCUGACGAGUGAGUGCUAAGCAGUUUUUAGUGGGAGGGUUUGGGUGAUUUCUGACCAAAUGCCAUACGCAGUCAGCAGGCUGCACUCAGCUAUUCUGGCAUCCCCACAAGGCCUGUUAAAGCCAGUGGGAUUUAAGCUAUUCUGCCUUAUCUCUGCUUAAAUACUGCAUGGUCCCUGGGGGGAAGGGGAGGCCUUCAGGUUUCUCCUUCCUGGAUGCUGAAUACUGGGUAUUUUGUGACAUGGGUAUGUAUUACCGUGUUACUGUUUCAUACCCUUGAUGAUGUGAGGAAGAGAGAUGAAGCUAUGAUAAAGUGGCCUGCGGAACUGCAAACCUGGUAUAAUUGCUUCAAAAGUCCUUUGACGUGUAUAAGGAGUGCUGAAGAGGUUCUUCUGUCGAUGCCUUUGGGGAAUUGCCUUUGAUGGAAACUUGUUAGUACUAGCUCUGAAUUCACGCUGGCGUUGGCUAUAAGGAAUUUUGGUGUCUGACAUGCUUUUGUAGGAGUCCUUUAGCCUGGAUGUUUUAUAAAGAAAUAGUAAUGUAGCAUCCUCUUGUCAGUUUUGGCAUCUCUAAUGCCAUGCUUUUCUCUCCAGAUGAGUGCUUGAGUCAGCUUUUGUAUGGCAUCUUCUCUGCUUUGGGAGCUGUGAAACUGGCAUUCGCUCCUCAGGUCUUGCAUGUCCUGAGGUGCCUCAGUUCUGCUGCUCUCCAGAAGCUUCUGUGCUCUUGCGUGUCAGAAAAGGGGUAUGACUUGCCUCAUCUGGCUAGACAGCAAGGAGAAAAAUACACAGUACAGGCUAGUUAGUGGUGGAAGAAAUAGGUAAAUUAAAACAGGAAGGGGGAAAUACUGGACAUGUACAGAAUGGAAGAAAUUGUGCUAGCAGUGGGCUUGGGCAUGGCAAGUCACUCCUGAGUACGAAAGUCACAGGCCUGUGACAGAACUGAUCUGCUCUGGCUGUGGCACCUGGUAGGACGUGCACUCGCAGCAGGAAGAGCCAGCUGGAGGGGGAUGCUAUUCUGUUGGAGCUGGAGCAGUAAUAUGAAAAAGGGGAAAGUUUUGUGACACUCAGACAUGAACAGGCAAACUUUGAACUAUUGAAGAAUCAUGAUUGUCUUUUAGUUGGUACCACCUUUGUCACUGAGUUCACUAUGUGCUGAUGUAGCAUCUCACCUUUCUGAAUGCUGACUAUAAUGUUUAUUGGUAUUUAUUAGCAGUAAAAAAAAACCAACCAAACUUGUAGUUGACAUGUCUGUUCUUGGCCUUCUGCUUCUGGUCAGUGGGUGGGCGGCUCUGGGCCAAGUGAGCUGUGCUUUGUUCCCUGAACUGCACUUUUGAUUUGCUCGGCUUGUAAUAGUCUCUCUGGCUGAGGUUGUUGGAGACAGCCAAGGGUGUAAUAUGCUCAGAUCCUUUGAAAUUGUCCCACUGGGAACUUCAGGUUAAUUUGGGCUCGUUCGGGUUGGAAAUACUCAUGUUUUAUCAGGGUGGUAGCAGGUUAUUGUUGGUGGAGUUGAAUACUUCAGUUCACGUCACUUCUGACAUCAGUUUCUCCAAAGCUUGUUUGCUGUGUCUGGCCUGGCUGUCCUUUGUGUGGAUAAGAGCUAUGCACGCACGGUUCACCGACCGUCCUCAGCCUCCUGACAGCUUUCAGUAUCUGUCCAUCACCCAAAAAUAACUCCCUUGACCCAUGUUUUUGUGACAGAUGUGCGCUCAGCAAUGUCUGCAAAACAGACAAGCAGUAGGCUGCAUUUUGGAAGCUUGUACCCUGCGGUGUUCACAGGAGCUGCCAGAUCCCAUUCCAGUGUCAUUCCUAGUAUCGUGCCCUUCCUACUGUUUUGCAAGGACUGUGUUGUGUUUGUAACAGCGUGAAAAUUUUCUAGUCAGGUGUAUCCACUGCUGUGUUCUGAGCCCAAAAGCCUGUUGUGCCUCUUCAAAAAUGUUUUCACUUUUAGCACUGUGUAGGGGACGGUAAGAAGCACCUUGUUGCUGCUGUGCUGAAGAGAUGGUGUUCUUGUCUUGUGUCCUGCUAAGAGUGGGGCAGCCUGGAAAGCUGUACGUGUAGGUGAUGACCCUAAGAUUUGGCCCAACAGUUACAGGUGUGGAUCACUCUCUUAAGAUUGCUGUUCUUUUUUCACAGGAAAACUUGAUGUUCACUGGUCUAUGUGGGAAUGUGUCCAGGAUUCUCCUGUAGAUGAGGAGAGUUUCUACUGAUUCCUGUGCUGAUGUAGUCCUCCCUACAUUGCUGACUUAGAAUUCUGUGGGAAAGAGACAAACCAAGGAGCAAUGACAUUGGUUCUGCCGCCUGUUGCUAAAGGUCACUGUGGUCAUUGUGCGAGUAAUCUUACCUGCUCUACCGAAGCAGGGGUUGAGAGGUGGCCAGCACAAGUGGAGGAGCUGUUUUAGAACAGGAUAGGAUAGGACAGUUAAGUUGGAAGGGACCACAACAAUCAUCUAGUCUAACUGCCAGGCUGUAGCUUGAUGGAGUUUGGGACUUCAUGAGACAGUAGAGGAGCACUCUUGGAUCUAGAUGCAGAGCUUUGUGUGUAUUCCAGGUGCCUGAACCUGGACUGUAAGUGAUGGACUUCUCUAGCAGAAAUGAGGUUACGGCCAGGAAAACAUUGGCAAGGACUCCUCAGUUUUGCCAUGUUUCUCAGGAGAAUCCUUCACUUACUGCUUUUUCCACCUCCUGUAGUUUCAGUGUGGCUGAACAAAAAGCUUGUCCAGAGAAGAGCCAGUCAGUUGCUCAACCUGCCUAACUCACCAUUAUUUUCUUCAGCUGUAUGCACCUCUUGGCAGUAUUUCUCAGCCUUUCCUAUGAUAUUAUCAGUCUUUCAGUCUCAGGUUUUCCUGCUCUUUGGGAUUGUUUUCUGCUGCCUUUCACUUCUAUGGACCUGUUAGCAAUUACAUGGGCUGGCAUGAUGCUCCGCUUAUGAAGUUCGGUGCAUUGUCCUGUAAAGAACAGCCUGUCCUCAGUUUUGGUUUUUUUUUUUUUCUCUUGUUCAAAGAUUUAGAGAUUUCCUGAGGAGUCUGAAGAAGCUGGAAGAUUAGGAGCGACCGUCCCCUUUUAUGGGAAGGAGAUCAAGCAGGGUCUCUUAACAGAAGCUUAUUAUCUGGGAGAAGGGACCUACCUCUAGCUGCCUACAGCUUCCUUUGAGGUAGUUGUACAAAGUAGUAAGAUCUACCCUGAGCUGCCUCCCCUCCAGGCUGAACACCUCCAGUUCCCUCAGCUGCUCCCCAUCAGACUUGUGCUCCACACCCUUCCCCAGCUCUGUUGCCUGUCUCUGGCCACGCUCCAGCAUCAGCAUCCCUCUUGAAGCGAAGGGCCCAGAACUGAACACAGGAUUUGAGGUUCCUACUUUUCCACGUGCCUUUUUGAAUAUCUGUUGUAAAGAUGCCUCACGAUCACCACAUGAACAGCUCCAUGUUGCCAACCAUGCAUCCUCCUGGACAUCACCACUCAACAACAGCCCCAGGACAUCAUCACGGAUCUGACAUGAUGAUGAUGGCAAUGACUUUCCACUUCAGCUGUGAGAAUGUGCCAUUGCUGUUUUCUGGACUUACAAUCAAUACUCCUGGAGAAAUGGCUGGUGCUUUUGUGGCUGUCUUCUUCCUGGCCAUGUUUUAUGAAGGCCUUAAGAUUGCCCGAGAGUGUCUGCUCCGUAAAUCCCAAGUCAGCAUUCGCUACAACUCCAUGCCAGUGCCAGGUCCCAACGGCACUAUCUUGAUGGAGACGCACAAAACUGUUGGACAGCAGAUGUUGAGCUUUCCUCACCUCCUGCAGACUGUACUACACAUCAUUCAGGUUGUGGUCAGUUACUUCCUCAUGCUGAUCUUCAUGACGUACAACGGAUACCUCUGCAUAGCUGUGGCGGCAGGGGCAGGGACGGGCUAUUUCCUCUUCAGCUGGAAGAAGGCAGUUGUUGUGGAUAUCACGGAGCAUUGCCAUUAACACUGGAUGCUGCCCAGAAGCUCUCCACCCCACUGCUCUCUUGAAGUGCAGCCAUCACAAGGACUGGAUCAUUCCUAAGCUGAAAGAGAAUCGAUAUAAAGAAAAUCAACUGGAGUUCACCACAAGUUCCUAGCUGGGGUGUAGGUGUGGUUGGAACUGGGUAUGCUGCUCCCCCAUGCUGCAGGCUGGCAGCAGGGUUGACUCUUGAGGGUCCCGUGGUAGCCAUUCUUGGCUAGGAUUUGCUUUUUUCUUAGAUUAUGCCGUGAUUGAAAUUAGUUGGCUGACAGAAAUGUAGAAAUUAUUCUUUAAAAAAAAAAAAAAAAGACAAAAAAACCCCCCAGAAAACCAAAACCAUUUUAUUUUUGAAUUUUAAAUGCUCAUCUGUGAGGGUUUUAUGAACAGUAGGUAAAGAUCAAUGUUGUCAGUGGAGCCUACGUGUGCAAAUGGCUAUGUUAACGUUACUUUUUUUCAGUCCAUGAGUAAUGCGAGGGGAGGAGAUCUCCCUGGCAUUGUGGCUUUUGGGGCCAAUGACACCUGCUGAUGCAGAAGGACUCAGCCUCUGAGGAAUAUUUGGUGCUGCACAUCAGACACGCCCAGGGUGUCCUGGCAGGGGAGUGCUUUGACAUAAGUACGUGACCUGUGUGCUUCAGGGGGUCUAGAGAAGUGUCCUCCAAGCCCAUCAGAGCAUGAUGUUAAUCUUUGGAUGCAUCCAGCAGUUUUACUCAGCUUCAGGUGAUAAUCUUGGGUUUGGCUGCUUUCAGUUCACAAUCAUGGAAAUACGCAGAGUAGAUGCAGGAUGGUAACUGCUUAUUUACAGGGCAAAAAGAUUUUAAAUGAACCGUUGAACCCACAUUUACUUCAUGUUGAAUUACACCUGGAUGGAUCUAGAGCUAGACUUUUGGUUUACCAGAACUAGUUCUGUAAAUGAGGCGAGAGCUAAAUAAUGAUUUCUUAACACUGAAGGUUAAAGUACCUGAAGAGGGCAUUCUCUGAUUGAGAUGAACAAAGUAAAACAACCAUUUUCCUGUAAAGGAGGGAUUUGAGGAAGAGAAGAAAGAAAAGAUAGGACUACAGCAGUUCUUAGUCUCAUCUCAGAUUAAAUUUGGAAGCAGCUUGGGCUGAUUAAAAAGUAUUCCUGACCCAGAUGACUCCUCUUUGUCUUAAUAAUUGUGCUGUGACCACAUUAGUUUGGAGGUGCAACAGUUACCAGUGCCAGUGGUGGGCAAGUGUUGUAGCACAGCAGAGAACUUCCCAUUCAGUGCUGUGAGCUCUACACGUUUCACAGGCAAGACAGGCUGUGACACAGGCAAAACCAGCUUACUGCAUGUGUGAUGCCCAGAACAUGCUUUGGGUUUUCUAGGGAGCAGUUUUGCUUUAGCACUUCAUUAUUAACUGCUUCUCGUUGUAGGGAAUGUUGAGCAGAGUAUGGUGCAAAGCUGGAGCCUUCAUUCUACUCAGGAUGCUCAAUUUGUGCUUGUAACUGCUGGAAGGGAAGACGGUGAGGUUUUCAGAAGGGCACUAAAAAACAGGCACCGUUUCCAGACUGGGAUUGAUGUCUGGGAUGUGCCAUGAGAACAUGGAAUCCUUUUGAGAUGCCUGGGCACAUGCAGUAGCAUUUUUUUCUCUGGAGGUGCUACUAGUCAUACUGUUAGCAGUAGCUGUGUAAGGAAUGCUGAUCUUUGUGAUCAGCUGCAAAAGGCAGCAGGAAAUCUGCUACUGCUGCUACCAGGAUCUUGAAUGCACCAUCUAAAGUCAACUGCCCUGGGCUGAUGCCAGCUAUUUAUUUGGACAUCUUGGUUUCUUUGGGCAGUGAAUUACAGAACAAAAGGAGAUGAGUUAAAAGCAGGCUUAGGUUUCUAAAAAGCUGCUUUCUGUAGCAAAUUUGUGUCUGGGUGAAAGAAGCAAAGUUAUUUUCAUGGAAAAAAUUUUAGCCACAUCCUGAUGGGAGACAGGAAAAGCUUUUCCUGUCUGAACUUUGAAGGGAAUUAUGUCUGUAACAGACUGCAGAAGGACAUACUGAUCUCCUCUCUGCAUCUCUCAUGAAGGUAAAAAUUUGUGCCCUCUAAGCAAUCAUACCUCUCUGUGAGAGUGAAAAACACACCCUUCCAAUACCUGCGAGAGAGCUGUGAGGAAAUCUUAGUGUUUGUUGGAGAGAACUGAAGCAGUUAAGUGCUGGAGAUGGUUGGUUUAUGUUUUGAAAGCUUUAUGCUGCAGGGGCUUGAUCCCUGAAGGAGUUCAGAGCUGAUGUUGCCAACACUGCUCUGAUUGGUUUCUCUUGAACGAGCUGGAGUUGUUGCCAUUACAGGGAUGUCUGAUUACAUAGUCACAAGUGACUUUGCAUGAUGCCAGUAAUUACUUCAUAUACCUCUUGCUGUGUCUUUCUUUAAAAUAGAACCUCUGCUUAGCUUGAUCUUCUUGCUGUCAUCUUUUAUCCACCUUUCCUUCUAUUCAGGUGACCAGACCUGAAAUCUCGGAUUCAAGUGGUCAGAGAUGGAUGACUUGGAGAUCAGGCAAUAGCUGUGGCUUUUACAGUAUGAAUUCGGUUGUUAGCUUUUCUGCCUCAUUUUACAUGUAAAAUCUGUGCCCUUGAAAUUGUUUCCCCUCCGAGGAUGAUUAUUUCUGUCUUCACUGGGUCAUCUCCUGCCCAUGCUCACACAAGAGUGGGCACAGUGUGCAGAGGGAAGUGAUGCUGAGCUAGCGGUGCUCACUGGAGGAGCAGGAACCUGGGCAGAAGUCCCCCAAGUGUCCAGCAAGCACCCCAGUUACCUUCCAGCAGCCUGGAAGAGUGAUGGUUUGAGCAGUGGGCAGUGCCCUAGUUAGAAAUGGGAGGCCCAGCUGGGCUUUGGGGAGUGGUGCACAAGGGAAGGGCUGAAAGGAGGGUGUGUAAGGAGAGAAAAUGGACGGCUGCGUCCCCUCUGCUGCUGAGCUCGCUGCUACAGUGAGGCACAGCUGAGAAAGGGACCUUUCCAGGCUGUGUCUCCCUGCCAGCUUUGGCCAUGCUUUCUUUUGGUUCAAUGUUGACAAUCCAGAGAAGCCACCUACCUCCCUGUGUCCCAGCCUCUGCCUGGCCCACCAGAUGCCAUCAGCUGCUGUGUUCUUGGCCCAGGUUGCUGUUUGCUUUGCCAGAGUCUGAGCAAAACCUGGCUCUCUCUGCUGACUACUUCUACUGACUGCUUUUGGUGCAGACCCAGCCUUUCUGCUGGCUGUAUUUAAAGUUGUCCCGAUAACACUAAACUCACAUGAAGUAGUGCUUGGAGGGAGGUGAGGACUCAAUUCGCUCAAGUCUCUGAAUGAUUAAAAUUCAUACGUCAACACACAUGUAGCAUGCUUGGAACAUGAUGUCCCGUGUCUGUCUUUGUACCCUGACGUUUAGCCUCCACACACGAUGCCUCUGAAUGAAGUGCACAAAGCAUCUGGGCUGUCUUCGUUGGCUGGCUUUUGUUUUCCUUCGAGUGCCUUUUCAGUUUGGAGCCAGUCCCACCAAAUCCAGCAGGAUUUCUAGUUUUGUUUACAGUGGACUGUCAUUUUUGUUUUUACUCUUGCUCUUUGUGGAGGUAGCUUGUCUAGUAUUACUGUGAAUAUCAAGAAUCUCCUGUAUGUAAUUAACCAAUAAAAUCAAUUUCAUUUUA